CUUAAGAGAACUGUAGUAGUCUUUAAUUUGAACGCUUGAUAUUGUUUGCCCUCUCUUCAUCUCUCGCUCUCCACAUAAUCUACGCAUAAUCAGAUACCACGGUUAUCUUCAACGAUUCUUAUUCUAUUCCUUCUUCAACAUUCCAACUUUCUCAAAUCUCAAUGAGGACCAAGGAGCCUCAAAAGCUAGCUCAGAAAAGAAAACAGUAUGGGGCAAUCUUUAUGGCAAACAACUCUACCAGGGAAGAAUGCUUUAAAAGGGAAAUCUUUGGUUUUCCAUAUGACCAUGCUGACUUUGUGAUGGGAGUUAAGACUGGGAUGCUUUUGUUUCUCUAUGAUUUCGAAGAUAAAAAGUUGUAUGGAGUUUUUGAGGCGGAUUCAGAUGGUGCUAUGAAUAUAAUACCAAAUGCUUACAGCUCAAUAUCACACCAGAAGUUUCCAGCACAGGUAUGCUUCAGUACACUUUGGCACUGUGAUCCUCUUCCUGAGCAUGCUUUUCGCGAUGCAAUCAAGGAAAAUUACUAUGCACCUUUCAAAUUUAAUUUUAGUUUGUCUAGAGAUCAGGUAAGAAGGCUUCUCUCGUUGUUUGAGGAAAGAAUGAUCAAGACCCCUACUUUUCCUAUUAGGGAAAGACAAGAUCAGAGAAGCAUCCAAAUGGAAAAAUAUAUGGCUGUAGCUCAUUGUGGCUCUCCGGAAAAUUCAGAAUUUAUCAAAAAGUCAAUAUCAGAAUUGCAAGAAUUAAUUUCACAAAAGCAAAAAUCAAUUCAAGAAAUGCGAAAUCAGAUUGAAGAGUCGAUACAAGUAAAGAAGGAUUAUCUAGAUGCGUGUGAGCAUGUGGUUGUAGCACACCAGGGUUCUCUGGUAAUUUCAGAAUCAAUGAAAGAGUCAAUAUCAGAGUUGCAAGACUCAGAUUUAGGAAAGGAAGUUCCAGAAAUGCAAGAUCCGAUACAAGAAUCUACACCAGAAAAUUUGGGCAGCAUAGAUGUUUCUGAACAUGAAAAAAUUACCGCUCACCAUGAAGACUACAUACCAUUGUGUUCUAUAGAACCUGAUAAGUUUGAGGACCCUUCUAAAGACCCUUUGAAGGAGUCAAUGAUAGAUUUGCAAGAUUCAAAUUCAGAAAAGCAAGUUCCAGAAACACAAGAUCCAAUUCAAGAGUCUAAAUCAGAAAAGCUGGGCAGCAUAGAUGCUUCUGAGCAUGAUCAAUUUCCUGGUCACCUUGACGACUACAUACCGUUGCCUUCUAUAGAACCUGAUGAGUUUGAAGACCCAUCUAAUGUAUUUCACGGGAAUGCAGGUCCAUUUACUAAAGUUGGUGGUUUCCUCAAUCCAGUUGCAUGGUCUUCAGGGAAUCAUAGCAGCUUCGGAGAAGAUAAAAAGCAGACUGAUUGUAGUACGAAGCAUCUUGAAUAUUCAGAAUGUUCAGAAGUAACUAGCUUUUCUUCUGGUUCUACGAGAAACAUUGGAGUUUGCCACAACGUAAUUGAUGAUUCCAGUGACAUUCGGUCUCAGGGGAUGUACUCAGAUUGUUCAAUGAACAGAACAAGCACAUUCCAACGAUUGUCAGGGCUUGGAGAAGUGAAGGCAGAAGAACAUUCUUGUCAUGGUGGUAUUAAGGUGGACAGUUGUAAGGAGAUCAUGCAAGGAUUGGACAUUAGAUGCAAAAUGUGGAACCGGAAAAGAAGUUCUGAGAAUGUUUCUCAAUCUAGGGUCAGUGUGUUUUCUCGAAUGAGAACCAGUGAUGGAACGCCUUGGAAGAGAAAUCAAAAGAACUGUAGCUAGUGAUUACAGACCAUGGAUGUUUAAGAAAUAUCAAGUCAUUGGAAUUUUAACGGGCCCGUUUGAUAAUCGGUAUUAAAUAGUAGGAAUGAGAAUAAUUUAUUGUGUAAAUUUUCAUAUAUGUAUCAUGUCAUUCUCAUGGCACAUGAAAGUUUGAUUAUUAAAAAGUUUUUGUUCACAAUUUUCCAUUAUUACUUAAAAUCAUAUUUUCAAAUGGUAAU